ACUCGGUGUGCAGUCGGAGGGGCGCACUGGGACAGCAUGGAUGGCCGGUGGCAGCCCAGGCAAGCACGGAUGACGACGAGGAGGGAAAAAAACUACUGAAGAGCAUGAACCGAGAGCUUGGAGUGGGAGGGUCAUACACGCACUGUGUGCUCCUCGGAGUGGGUUUGGCCAAGCGACAAUGCAAAUCGCUGCCAAGCCGAGGCUUGUGCGUUUUUGCCUUCUGCUGAGGCGCACCACGGAGUAACUUCUUACCAGCUUUUAUUUCAGUAGCCGAUUACAGCAGUCGGAUGAUUACACCAGCGCUAAAGUAGCUCUGGACUCCAGGAACAGAGUCCUGAUUGGAGAGGUGCGGAUCAAGACUUUAAAAGGCGACUUUUUGCCGAGUUAAGAGGCUGUGGAGGUGGAUAGAGUAGGGGAGGGCUGGUGUGUGCUGCGGGAAAGUUGGGAUUUGGGAGCGGAGGAGCUGCUUGCUAGCGUUGCCCCUGACACCCAGCCCGCUUUCCUCUUCUCACGAAGUCCAAGGUUCUGAGGACCUUCAGCAGCACCAACGAGAAGAACCUCGAGAACCCGACGGAACCCCAAGGAACCCAAAUAUAACCCUCUGCAGGAUCACAGGAACUCACUGGAAGCAGCCUGGCAGAGGAGUACAGUCCUACUCAAGAACCACGAGAAACGGGUCAGUCGGAACUAUAACCCACGAGAACCAGUCAGAUGGAGCUAUAACCCACAUGAACCCAGUCAGUCGGAACUAUAACCCAUGAGAACACAGUCAGUCGGAACUAUAACCGAGACGGACCCAGAACCCAGAGACCCAAUCAGACGGAACUAGAACCCAGAGACCCAGUCAGACAGAACUUGAACUAAAGAUCACAUUUUGAAAGAACAGCAGCUGCUUUGGGACUCUGGAGGUGCCCUCACUUGUCCUGCGUAUAGCUGGAGGAGAGGGAACGUUGGCAACUAAAGGAUCCUGAAUUCAUCCAAGCACACACACACACACACACACACACACACACACACACACACACACACACACACACACACACACACACACACACACACACACACACACACACACACACACACACACACACACAGGGGCGGUCCAUGUGCAUGUGCGCACCACCUACAGGUGUGUGUGUGUGUGUGGUUAGGUGCAUUGUGGGGUAGCAGGGUCCUCCGGGCCGGGCGGCUGCAUGGGAGCCUGAGGGGGGGCGAGGGGCCUCAGUGGACAGUUGCAUCAUGGGUAAGGAGCAGGAGCUCUUGCAGGCGGUGAAGAAUGGAGACCUCUUCAACACACAGAAGCUGCUGGCCAAGCUGAAAGCCAAUCGCAACAAACUGCUGGGCUCUACGAAGAAGCUGAACGUAAACUACCAGGAUCAUGACGGGUUCUCUGCUCUUCACCACGCUGCUCUGACUGGGACGUGUGAGUUGCUCUCAGCUCUUCUGGAGGCCCAGGCCACUGUGGACAUCCGGGACAGCAAUGGCAUGCGUCCCCUCCACUAUGCGGCUUGGCAGGGUAAGGCUGAGUCGGUGUUGAUGCUGCUGAGGUCUGGAGCUGCGGUCAAUGGCACCUCACAGGACGGCCAGAUACCCCUACACCUCUCAGCCCAAUACGGGCACUACGAAGUGUCUGAGAUGCUGCUUCAGCACCAGUCCAACCCCUGUGUGGCCAACAAGGCUAAGAAGACCCCACUGGAUCUAGCCUGCGAAUUCGGGCGAGUCAAGGUAGUGCAGCUGCUGUUGAACAGCCACAUGAUCGUGACGCUGCUGGAGGGAGAGAAAGACGCCGCCGACUCCAGCGCUAGCACGCCGCUGCACCUAGCUGCCCGCAACGGACACAAGGACAUCAUACGGUUGCUGUUGAAGGCUGGCAUUGACAUUAACCGGGUGACCAAGACUGGUACGGCGCUGCACGAGGCUGCCCUCUAUGGCAAGACCGAGGUAGUGCGCCUACUGCUGGAGGCGGGUAUCGAUGUCAACAUCAGGAACACCUACAACCAGACGGCUCUGGACAUUGUCAACCAGUUCACCACCUGCCACGCCAGCAAGGAAAUAAAACAGCUACUCAGAGACGCCACAGGUGUGUUGCAGGUGCGCGCCUUAAAGGACUACUGGAACGUGCACGACCCCACGGCUCUGAACGUGCGCGCCGGUGACGUCAUCAUGGUGCUGGAGCAGCAUGUGGACGGGCGCUGGAAGGGCCAUAUCCAUGACAACAUGAGGGGGAUGGACCGCGUGGGCUUCUUCCCUCCCUCCAUUGUGGAGGUCAUCAGCAGACGAACAGGGGGUCCCCUGUCUCGUCAGGCCUCCCUCCCCUCCCAUCGGCAUCACCUCUCCAGAGCGCCCUCUAGCGGACCGCCCCCCGCCAGCGCACCUCAGACCGACGACGCAUACACACUCUACGCUCCGCACACACACCCCCUCAGCUACAGCGCAGGUCCGACCAGCAGCCAAUCACAGCCCAGCUUCUCUAGGCUCGAGGACAUCUGGGUUCUGCGGAACUCCCAAUCCGCAGGUGAUAGGAGUAGUGUGGGCAGUACUGGCAGUGUGGGCAGCACCAGGAGUGCAGGCAGCGGCCAGAGCACAGAGAGCAACGCUGCCCCCAACGGGAUACCGCACGCCACUGCACACACGGAUGCCAACAAGCCACCACCUCUAGAGCCACGGAAUCCUGACUGCAGCAAACAAGCCGACCCAACAGCGACAGGGGGGUUGCGUAGGCCAGUGUGUCUCCAGAGGCCUGCAGGGGAGCCGGUCACACAGCAGUUCGUCAGACCACAACAACUACUGGAGGGGAAGGACAGUGAUGCCAUUCUGCAGUGGCUAAGUGAGUUUCAGCUGGAGCAGUACACCCCAAACUUCACCUCCAACGGAUACGACGUCCCCACCAUCAGCCGCAUGACCCCAGAGGACCUGACUGCCAUCGGAGUGACGAAGCCUGGCCACCGCAAGAAGAUCUCUUCGGAGAUCGCUAACCUCAACAUUCCAGAGUGGCUGCCUGAAUACAUACCUGCCGACCUGGGUGAGUGGCUGAGCUGUAUUGGGCUGCCUCAGUACCACAAGAAGCUGAGUGAGAACGGCUACGACUCCAUCACCAUAGUCAGAGACCUGACCUGGGAAGACCUGCAGGAGAUCGGCAUCACCAAACUAGGCCACCAGAAGAAGCUGAUGCUGGCGGUGCGUAAGCUGUGUGACAUCCACCGCGCCCAGGUGCACGCCGACGUGCUGGGGGGCAGCACUCUGGGGCGGCGCUGCCGGCCCAAACCCCCCUCCUCCCCCUCCUCCAUCACCUCCCCCUCCUCCUCCUCCGCCUCCUCGCCACACCUGCUGGCCAUACAGGGACCAGGCCAGGCACAAGGCCAAGUGCUGGAGUUCUGGAAGGGAGGUGCUGCGUCCUCCUCCUCCUCCUCCCCCCACCUGGCCAUGGAGAGCGGGGGAGAGGCGGAGAGGGGCGGGGACCUGCGGAGCUUCCAGGCUGGUGGUACUGGGGGGGCGCACCUGAGCGCCGAGCUGCAGAACGCCAUCGGCUGUCCCUACGGCAACGGCCACCAGGGAGGAAGUGACACCCUGGGGGUGGGGGGGACGUCGGCGUCGUCGGCGCGCUCCCGCAGCCAGGAGAGCCUGGGAGGGGGCUCGGCGCGCUCGAGAGGAUCCGGCCGCUCCACGCCGCCCGCCCUACCCCCGCACACACACUCCUCGCACCCGUACACACACACGCCCGACGGCCUGAGCAGCGCGGAGGGGAGCCCGGCCAGGCAGCAGAAACAUCCGGAAGGAGCUCCCACGCACGCGGGGGCGCCGGGGGCCAAGGCGGCGCUCUCGCACAAACAAGCUGCCCCGCCGCCCCCCCCAGCCAAGCCCAAAGCCCCCGCAGCUCUCCCCGCCGGCGUGGCCCAGGGCUUCAGCUACCUGUCGGGCGGCGUGUGCGUGAUGCGCUGCGCCCUGUCGGACGGGGAGCCGGACGACGACGACCACAACGACAGGUCGGCGUCGCCCCCCGGGGGAUGGGUGAAGAGCUACGCCACACUGGGCCGCCGACACACGGCACACGGCAACGGGCACGGCAACGGCCACACGUCCCGCGCGCAGCUGGCGCGACUGCAGUCAGCUCCAGGCGAGGGCCACCACGCGAAUCAGAACAUCUACGCCAACACGCCACAGCAGCCCAUCUACGGCAAUACGCCAGGCCCCGCCUCCCCGGGCGGACGUGGCCAAUCGGCUUCCUCCUCCUCGGUGGGCCGCAGCCAGUCCUUCGCGGUGCGCUCGCGCCGCAAAGGGCCGCCCCCUCCCCCGCCCAAACGCCUCAGCUCCGUCAGCAGCAGCAGCGAGACGGACGCCUCCCCGUCGCCCCCGACCAGCCCGCAGCACCACCACACACACGCAGCCCACGCGCUCACGCAAGCGGCCACGUACACGCACACACACCUCAACGCACACGCCACCAGCCCCCAGCACAGCGUGUCCACCGAGAGCGGUCUGCCUGGCGGGGUGCGGGGGGCGGUGGCCAACCUGGAGACACACACGCACACACAACCGGCCGUGAACACACACACACAAGCGCCCUCCUCGCCGGCGCACACACACCUGCGUGUCUCGCCCGAGCCCUCCCCCCGCCGCCGGGCUCUCAGCCAGGGCCAACAACGGGAGGCUGCGAGCAGUGGUACGGCAGCGCCGGGCGACAGCCAAUCGCAGCGCGAGGCCAAGUCGGACUCGGAGGAGGAGGUGAAGGGUCAGGAGGCGGGGUCAGGGGCGGGGGCGGGGUCUGGGACAGCGUCGCCCCACAACAGCUCCAGUGAGUGUAUACCGUUCGCAGAGGAGGGCAACCUCACCAUCAAGCAGAGACCCAAAGUGGGCGGUCCACUAAGGUCUGAGAGCGCGGAGCCGCCCCCUCCCGAGACCCCCCAGUUCCAGCUGAAGGAGUCCGACACGGUGAAGCGCCGCCACCGACCCACCCGAGACGCCACCCCCACCGCCCAGGCCAUCGCCAUGGAGAUAGCUGC